AUGUUUUCACGAGUCCAACCCCCAGCUCUGAUGACAUCCCGAGCAACUCCAGCGACACGAACGGACGAUGGGAAGGGAGAGGCGGUUCGCAAUCACAUCACAUUGUUGUUUUAUCGGUUGACUGGAGAAAGGACCGAUAAGGAAUUAAUCCAGCUUCCAGAUGACAGAACGUUCAGUUUGCUUAUCGGAACACUUCUCUCCAUGUCUCAAAACAAGAGCUACUCGCGGUCAUUAGAGGGUGCCAGUGCAAAGCCCGGUCAGACUGGUCUAUCCUCAUGGCCCCCAGGUGUUGGCUUGAGUCUUAUGGCUAAUUUAAGUAGAACGGUAUCGUAA